AUGAGCGGGGACGACGCGGGGCGCUCGCACGCACAGGCCGUGCGCUUCCUUACGGCGCUGCGCGCGCAGGACGCCGCACCUGCGGACCAUAUGGCUCUUACCGACGAGCAGCGUGAGUUUCUCCACUCCAAGGGUAUGAGCGACGACGCUAUCGAGCGCGCGCGACGCGACGCCGAGCGCCCUGCGAGCGCUGCGCUGGCGCGGGCGUCAACGGACGAGUCUGCUGCGGCUCACGCGCGCGAUACAAGCGCGUUUGACUGGGCCAAGGCCGCAUUUGAUGCCCCCGUCGGCUCCGCGGAGGUCUCGGCGCCCUCUGAGCCGCCGACGCCGCCGACCGCUUCGUAUCCACGCUCGCCCCUGGCGCUGUACUCGGAGGCGCCACAGCAGCGCGACGCUAAUGAGAUCCUGUCUAAGCUGGCCGCGACGAUUAGUCGGCCGCGCUACGAUACCCUAGUCACAUUCUUCCGACUACUGCACCUGCUCCUCAUGCUGGGCGGCGGUGCGUCGGCGGUGCUUGUGUGGCUGUACCGCCGCCACCUGCUGCCGCGCCUCACUCGCAUGGUCGAUGCACGCCACGAGCUCUAUGGCAAGCUGGCAGCGGCGACGGCAGCGUACCGCGACGGGGCCCUGGCCAAGCUCCUGCCCCCUGGCUAUGAGCGAGAGUAUGUCGUUGUUGAACCGGCGCCCGAGGAUCCUAAAGAGGGUGAUGCGGACGCCAGCGAGGGAAAAGAAGCCCCCGAGGACGCCGCAGAUGAAUCGGCGGACGCGCAGGACGCGCAGGACGCGCAGGACGCGCAGGACGCGCAGGACGCGCAGGACGCGCCGGAGGCGCCGGAGGCAAGCGAGGCCCCAGCCGAGCCACGGCGCAAGCUCGCGCCGAUCGAUCUGACGCAGUCGCUGCGUGCCUCGCUGGACCAGCUGACAGCGGCGCUGCAGGCGGCCAAGACCGCACGCUGGCCGGCCGCCAGCGUCGUUGACGCGGACGAGGAGGGCCUGAUGGACCUGUCGAUGCCCGCGGGGCCGGGAUCGCCGCGCGCUGCGCCGCCGUCCGCAAGUAUGGCGCGCUUCCGCACCUCGUUUGAUUCCAUGCGCAACGAGCUCGAGGCGCGUCUCUUUUCUGAGACCGAAGCGGCCAAGCUCGUCGAGUACCGAUUCGGUGCGCUUCCCGGCUCGUCGACGCGCCCGACGUCCGGCCCAGCCGUGGAGAUGCGUCAGAUCAAAGCGGAAAUCCGCAGCCUCAAAGGGCUGAUGCUGAGCCGACGCAACUUCCCCUCGUACUCGCGCGCGGUCCGCAGCACUCCACAGAUCUCCACGUAG